AUGGCACCCUCUCCUAUGGCAUGCGUUGCCCCUCCGGCGCAACAAAUGUCCGCGUUCGACGAACAUCUCGACUCGAACGGGAUCCUUCUCAAGCAAAAGACCAACGAGUGUUGUCGCUGCUUCGUGUGCCAGCCGAACAUCCAUUGGACGAUUGCGCAUCAAGUCCCGAGAGGCGCGGAGAUCGAUUUCGACCAGCUCCAAGAGGGGGAGUUUUGGAUUCAGGAAGACGCCGGGUAUUGCGGUCGCGCGUGGAGCUGCUGGGCGCCUGGGUGCCGGGCAACCACGUAUCGCACGUUGGAUCGGCGUGAGUGGGAGGACGAGCACGGCACGGCACCCGAUAGUAAGUCGGUAUUGACGCAUCGUAAGAAUCAGACGUGCGGACAGAAUGUCAUUGUAGGUUGCAGCGAAGACGGGGCCGUGCGGUGUCCGAUGUGCUGCUGUUUGCCUUACAUGGAUAGCUUCGACGCGAAUGGCACGAAGCUCGGGCGAACGCAGUACAUGUGCGACCUACACUUGUUCGUUCCCAAGUUUAAAGUACUCGACGCGCAGAACAAUCUCAUGUACAUGAUUCGCCCGAAUACGUGUUUCGGUGGAUGCUGCGUGCAGUGUAAAUUCGAUGGCGUCAAGGGCAAGUGCUUCCGUGUGCCGUUUUACAUUCGCGACCCAGAGACCAUGGAGGCGCACGACGGCGGCGAAGCGGCCAUCACCGACCUCUGGGCAGGGUUCAAAAAUGAGUGUUGUUUCAAGAAGAACGUUUACAGCGUCAACUGGCCCGAUAAGUCGAACAGGGCGAUGCGAUCGACGCUCAUCGGUUCCGCGCUUCUCAUCGACGCCGCCCUUUUCGAGCAAGAAGGCCAGUGA